AUUACUUUCAAUUAUUAUACUUCAAAGCUUUUUAUUUUGACAUUAUUUUUGACACGAUGGCACAGCCGUUAGCAAGUAUAGCUGAGAGUCAGGCGUUAUACUUAGAUCCGGAAAUUCGGGAUUGGGUAUUAAUACCAAUUAUGGUAGUUAUGGUGUUAGUAGGAAUAUUUAGAGACCAAGUUACAGUACUAAUAGGAGGGGGUACGGGUAAAAAACCAGGAUUAAAAGCAAUUAGAGAAACAAAAGCAUUAACAAGAGGAGUUACUUUAAGAAAUUAUGGAAAUCACAUACAAAAUAAUUCAUUUUUCAUAAGGAAAACUUUUCUCUCCGAAGCAUAUAAAAGAGGAGAUUAUUUAAAAAAUCCUGCUGCAGCAAAUCAUGCAGUUAAUCCUAUGACUGAUCCUGCCGGUAUGGAAAUGAUGAUGGAAGGAAUGAAAAAAAAUUUUGCCAUGAUUAUUCCACAAACUAUUAUUAUGGGUUGGAUUAAUUUCUUUUUUUCUGGGUUUGUUUUAAUAAAGUUGCCAUUUCCACUUACACUACGAUUUAAAUCAAUGUUACAACGUGGUGUUGAAACUCCUGAUAUGGAUGUAACUUGGGUUUCUUCAUUAUCUUGGUAUUUCUUAAAUUUAUUUGGUUUAAGAAGUAUUUUUACUUUACUAUUGGGUGAAGAUAAUGCUGCUGAUGGUAUGCGUGAUAUGGCUGCGAUGUCUCAAAUGGGUGCAUCUCCAACUGGUCAGCCUCAAGAUUUCCAUAAACUUUUUUUAGCCGAGAGUGAAAAUCUUGAAUUAACAACUCAUAAUUGGGAAUUGGAUGAUAUUGAAAAUAGAUUAUUGAUUAAAUUUGGCAAAAGAAGCCCCACUAUUAAUGAUGAUGAUGAUACAAUUGAAAUGGAAGAUAUUUCUUCUGAUUUUUCUGAUGUUAAAGGAAAAAGCAAAAGAAAGGGUAUUAAUAAAAAGAAAUAACUUUAAUAAUCUUUUUAAUCUUUUUAUAAUAAAAUUUAAAAAAUCUACCAAUUGUAAUCUCAAAAACCUUUACUUGAUUUUAGCUUUCAUAUAAUAAUAAACAGACUUUUAUUUCAAAUAUAUUAUGAACUUUCUUAACAUCAAACUGACCAAAGGGUUGUCUCUGUUCAGUUCUUUGCAAAUCCUAAUAAAUAUUCA